AUGGCACCAACAAUCCUCACUCUCCUCCGCCGUCACCUCCCCUCCGACAUCCAAUCCCUCGGCCCCCUAGCCGCCCACACCAUCCUCCUCGCCCGCGACGGCGACGACACCAAAGACGACCCCGCCGUCAAGGUCACCCACCCCGGCGUGAUCCACCCCAACGAGGUCAACAACAACGCCAUCUUCGCCGUGUUCGGUCUUCUAGGCGCCGGGUUCGUCAUCGUCGGGAUUUGGUUCUUCUUCUGGGCCAAGAACGGGGGGUUUUACUUCAAGGAGGGGGAUUGGGAGGAUUACAAGUCUACCGUUCUUCGGCGUCCUAAAAUCGGGCCUAACGGUACGGUUUACAGCGAUGUGACUGCGUCGACUGUUUUGGGCGGCGGGAGUGUGUACAAGGAUGUGGAUGAUAGGACUGUCGUUACGGGGGUGACGAGGGAUGGCGGGGGGAGGGAUGAUGAUUUGACUACUGUUGUUUCGGCCACGACGGGCAUCACGGGCAUUACCGGGGGGGUGUCGGAUUUCUCGGGGAGGGAGAAGAGAAGGAUGAAGAGGGAGCAGAAGGAGAGGGAGAAGGAGAGGAAGAGGGAGGAUAAGAGGCGGGAGAAGGAGAGGAAGUCGAGGAGGAAGGUUGGAGCGGAUGGGGAGGUGGUGGAUGAGGAGGCGGAGAGGUUGGCUGAGGAGCAGCUGAGGAUGUAUAGACAUGAGAAGGCGGCAAGGGUGGGGGGGAUUAAUCGGGAGGCGGAUGGGAGUGAGUGGGAUGGGAGCACGAAUCCUUCUUGGUCGGAGGUGAGCCCGAGUGGGAGGGGUAUGGCGGAGAGCACAGCCGAUGGGGGCAGCGAAGUUACUGAAGGCUUGAUGGCUGGACAGCAGAGGACGCCGAAGAAGGAGGAGAAGAAGGAGAGGGGUAUCAGAAAGGUUUACAGCACUGCCGACAAGAAUGCUGUGAGGGAGAAUGAGAAGAUCAGGGCCGAGGCGAGGAAGUUGAGGGAGGAGGGGAGACGGGCGGCUGCGCAGGAGAAGGCGCUGCAGCCGAGGGAGUCGAGGAGGAUUAAGAGAGAUUUCAGCUUUACUGCCGGAGCGGAGGAGGCGGUUGCGCUGAGGAGGAUUGAUGAGGGGAAUGAGGUUGCGAGUGAGGGCACUUCGGCGAACACCUACUCUGAUUACACGAGGGCUAGGUCCAAGUCCAGACCUAGACCUCCACCGAGUGAGGUUUCGAGCAGCAUGCCGGGUGGAUGGGCUCAGAGUGAGGUCAGCGCCGCUACUGCCAGCACUGACGACUCGGGCACCAAGGUCUACACGCACUCUCACCACAUCCCCAUUGCCUCUUCCGUGAGCGACUUUGCGUAUGCCGAGGACAAAAGGAAGAGACGCGGUGGUGCCGGAGCCAGAAGGGAGAGAGAGAGGACUAGACGGGAUGAUACCAGCAGCGUUGAUUAA